UAUGCUGCAUCUUUUGUUUGCAUUUUUUUUUUUUCAUGGUUUUUCUUUGUAUUUGAUUGCUUUUCAGUGUGAUUUGUUUGGAUCCGAAUGAUUCUGAAGGGUUUGGAAAGUUUAGUUUAUUUCAUGCCCUAAUUGUUCUUGUGUUUUUGGGAUUUUAGAUUUGGAUUAUGUAGUUUGAUGAUGUAUUAUUGAUUUUUUUUCCUGUAAUUGAUGUUCUUGUGAUUAGUUGUCAUGAAUGUGAGAAAUUAUGUGCUGUGGCAGGUGAUUUGAUUUUCUGAAUUGAAGUUAGGGUUUUUGAGUUAGUGAUAGAAAUGGAUGGGAAGAAGAAAAAGGGCAAGAAGAAGAAGGGAAAUCAGAAUAAAUCUGCUGAAGAUUCUGCGCCCAAUGCUGAAGAAGUGGGGGUGCAGGAGCAGGAUCAUGGUACUGAUCAAGAGCAGAAUCAUAAACGUCCUCAGGUUUCAAGCAGUAAUAUUGAUGCACAAAGCGUUGUGGUUUCGGAGUCUGAUGCAGAGAUAGAGAGACAUAAGAAUUAUGAAGCAAAAUUCGCCUUGUUACAAGACAAAGUCAAACUGUUAGAAGAUGAGAAGAAUCUAUGGCUGGAAAGAGAGAUUAUAUUGGAAGAGAAGAUUAAACAUUUACAAAAUGAAGUGCACUCUUGUAUGUCUAAUGAGACUAGCUUUCAGGAGAAGCUUAAUGACCUGAAGAACAGAAAUGAUUCCAUGAUGCAGAAGGAGGCCAUCUUAGAGGAAAGGGUCAAUCACAUAGAAGGGACUAGAGAAGCAUGGAGUCUGAAGGAGACUUCAUUCAGAGAAACAAUUGCUAAAUUGGACGAAGUUAACACAAGGGUGCAAGCACAAGUAAAAGAGUUGGAGGAAUCUAGAGAUGCUACUGCUCGAGAGAAUCAGAUGCUGACAGAAAGCAUAUUGUGUCUUGAGAUACGGAUUCAGCACCUUGAGGAGAUAUCUUAUGUCUCUUCAAGGGAGAAGUUAAUGAAGAUUGCAGAAGAAAGUACAUCCCAGACACAAGCAGCUCCAGAACCAGUUAAAAACCCAGAAACCAAUAAUGAACAUCUUGAUGACAAGAUCAAGGAACUACACUUUGUACCAGAUGGACAUUCCGCUGUUCCCAACCCUUCAAUUCCUGAACAAGAUCAAAGUGCUAUUACACCUGCUCAUUAUGUCACGGAUUACAGAGGAAAGAUGUCUGAAUCUGCUGACUCUAUCCAGUCAGCUGAGAGAAAUCAUGAAAUGUAUAAUGGUCUUCAGGAGUUCGGUGCCUUCGCUCGAGUAUUGCCAGAACAAGUACUGGAAUUUGAAGAAGAAUCAAGAACAAGUGAAGAAAUUGUUCAGAUACCACUAGAUGACACACCAGUUCGUCGUGCAGAGUCUCAGCCAGCAAUCAACUAUGAGAACACAGCAGUUCCACUUACAGAUGCCCCACUGGUCGGUGCUCCAUUCAGAUUGAUUUCUUUCAUGGCUAAAUAUGUCAGCGGCGCGGAUUUGGUCAAGAAAAACAUUUCUGAAAGAGUGCAGCAGUAAACCAUGCUAAGAUCGAGCUUCCAGUUAGAACUUUUUCCAUCUAACUUCUCUGAUGUAGUAUUUAUUACUUGAUGAUCCCAUUUUAAGAGGAUCACAAGGACUUGGAUCAAUUUGAGAAAGUUGCUUUUAUGUGUAACGAUGUAAAAGAUAUUGAGUGUAUGCAUUCUGUAUCAUUUCCUUGGAAUAUUUGACAUUAUGGUACACAGAAUAAAUUUAUAUCUUUAUGAUGCA